CUACCCCCGAAUAUUCUUUUCAAAGAGGAAGAUUAAAAGACGUCAUCAUUCUUCACUCGGUGCUGCGGCGAGUGUGAUUGGAUUAAUAACGAACGAAAACAGUCAAUAAAAGUAGUAAGGAAAAAAUCUCUGAUAUGGCUCUUCGACUAUCUUCAUCACUCUUAAAAUCAGGCAAUGGACAGGCUUUACAGCAGCUGAACAAAUUUUCAACAUCAACAAAAACAUGGAGCCGUGGACAGAAAGCUUUUGCAACAUUCGCUGGCAUGACCAUUGGUGGUGCUGGAGCUCUUUUGUAUGCCUUAGAAUCCUCUGUUAGUGCAUCAAGCGACAAUGUCCAUUCUCCUCAUCAAAACUGGAGCCAUAACGGACUUAUUUCUUCAUUAGAUCAUGCAAGUAUUCGCCGUGGUUAUGAAGUCUACAAGCAAGUGUGUGCUGCAUGUCAUUCAAUGCAAUACAUUGCCUAUCGUAAUCUUGUUGGCGUUUCACACACUGAAGCCGAAGCAAAGGCAGAAGCUGAAGAAGCUCAAAUUAAAGACGGUCCAAAUGAUCUGGGCGAGUAUUUCAUGAGACCAGGAAAACUUUCCGAUUAUUUCCCAAGUCCAUAUCCAAAUGAGGAAGCUGCCAGAGCUGCAAACAAUGGCGCAUAUCCACCAGAUCUCAGUUGGAUUGUAUCAGCACGUAAAGGCGGUGAAGAUUACAUCUUUGCUUUGUUGACUGGCUAUGUCGAUCCACCAGCUGGAAUUAAUUUGAGAGAAGGACAAUAUUACAAUCCAUAUUUCCCAGGUGGUGCUAUUGGUAUGGCACAAGCAUUGUAUAAUGAAGCUAUGGAAUAUAGUGAUGGUACACCAGCCACGGCAAGUCAAUUGGCAAAGGAUGUUUCUGUAUUCUUAAAAUGGGCAUCAGAGCCAGAACAUGAUGUUCGUAAGAGAAUGCUCAUCAAAGCAGCUGGUAUCUUUACAAUUCUCGCUGCUCUAACUUACUACAUUAAGCGUCAUAAGUGGUCAGCACUUAAAACAAGAAAGAUUGCAUACUAUCCAAAACAUAAAUCGCAGUAAAUACGCUUCGUUAGAUAACGCGCACUGAGACUUUUGCGAACACCGUUAAUUAUAUUUAAAAACUAUUAAAAUGAUAUGUGAAACAAGAUGCGAUUCAUUUCUCUUCCUAUGUUCGAUUAAAAGGAUGUGGACGAGAGAGAAAAUUUAGUAUAAUAAAUCAAAUGGAAAAGAAAAAUAACUUAAAAUUCAUUCAAACAUACUUUCAAUAAACUCUUAACAACAACCUGAAAACCUGCGUAUUGUUGUGCACUUCUCAGUUCCAUUCGAGUAGUCAUAAUAAUAAUAAUAAUAUUUUAUGUUGCAAAUUGGUUUCAAACUGUAAAUUUUACUUUCCUGAGAAAUAAUAAAAAUAAAUGAAUUAAGGAUUAGACGACAACGUGACUAUGUACUAUUUACAGCUGCAAUUACUGCUUCAUUUUGUGUCCAAAUUAGCGCUUAGUUUCUUGUAAUAAUUUUUUAA